AUGGGCUUCUCGAAUUGGGUGCACGACACCAAUUACGCGGUGGCAAGGUCCCCCGUGGGACGAUGGUUUCGUCUGGAGAACUCGGGCCAUCCCCAGGAGCGUAAAGGCAGCUUCUUCUUCACCGAGAUCCGCGCCGGCCUGGCCACCUUCUUUGCCAUGGCCUACAUCAUCAGCGUUAACGCCACCAUCACCUCCGAUACGGGUGGUACCUGCGUCUGUCCGCCCGAGAGCCAGGCCGACAACUGCAACACGAACACCGAGUACCUGCUCUGCGUGCAGGAAGUGAACCGCGACAUCGUCACCGCCACCGCCGCCAUCGCCGCCUUGGCCACCUUUUUUAUGGGGUUCCUGGCCAAUCUGCCCGUGGCCCUGGCGCCCGGUAUGGGUCUGAACGCCUACUUCGCCUACACCGUCGUGGGGCAUCACGGCUCCGGCAUGAUCCCCUACAGCAUCGCCGUCACCGCCGUCUUCGUCGAGGGGUUCGUCUUCCUAGCGCUCACCCUGCUGGGUAUUCGACAGUGGUUGGCUCGCGCCCUGCCGGCAUCUAUUAAGUUGGCCACCGGCACGGGUAUCGGCCUGUAUCUCACCCUGAUCGGAUUGAGUUACAGCGCGGGUAUCGGGUUGAUCACAGGCGCUACGGACUCGCCGCUGGAGUUGGCCGGUUGCUCGCAGAGUCAGCUGAACGACGCGGGCAUGUGUGAAGCCAGCGACAAAAUGCGCAGCCCGACCAUGUGGAUCGGUAUCUUCUGCGGCGGUGUCUUGACGGCCCUUCUGAUGAUGUACCGCGUGAAAGGCGCCGUCAUUAUGGGUAUCUUGCUUGUGUCUAUCAUCUCCUGGCCCCGUCCCACCGCCGUCACCUACUUCCCGCACACGGACGUCGGCGACAGCAAGUUCGACUUCUUCAAGAAGGUGGUCACCUUCCACCCCAUCAAGCAUACGCUCGUCGCUCAGGAUUGGAACAUCGCGGAGCACGGAUCGCAGUUUGGGUUGGCGUUUAUCACGUUCUUGUAUGUCGAUAUUCUGGACACUACUGGUACGCUGUACUCGAUGGCUCGCUUUGCCGGUGCCAUUGACGAGCGCACGCAAGAUUUCGAGGGCAGUGCGAUGGCCUACAUGGUCGAUGCAAUCUGUGUUUCGAUCGGCUCCCUCUUCGGCACCUCCCCCGUCACUGCCUUCGUGGAGAGCGGCGCCGGUAUCUCUGAAGGCGGGCGCACGGGCCUCACUUCCUGCGUGACCGGAAUCUGCUUCUUCAUCGCCGUCUUCUUCGCGCCGAUCUUCGCAUCUAUCCCUCCCUGGGCGACGGGCUGCACGCUCGUCCUCGUCGGAGCGCUGAUGUGCAAGGCCGCGGCGGAGAUCAACUGGCGGUACUACGGCGACGCGAUCCCCGCAUUCCUGACGAUCUCGAUCAUGCCGUUCACCUACAGUAUCGCGUACGGGCUCAUCGCGGGUAUUCUCAGCUAUAUGACCCUGAACAUCAUCACGUGGUUGAUCGAGAAGGGCACGUUCGGGCGCGUCGUGCCACCCAACAAGGACGAAAAGGACCCUUGGACCUGGAAGGUUCCUGGCGGUUUCUUCCCGCCGUGGUUGCGACGAGCAGCCCGCGGCAAGAAGGACUUUUGGCGCCCGUAUGAGAAUGAGGAUAUUGAUUUGGGCGUCGGUCCGGAUGGGUCGGUGUCGUCGCAGGAUCGAUACGCCGAGAAGACGGAUGGGAGGAAGGGAAUCCCUGCGUGA